GAUAUGGGAGGGCUGCAAGGGUUGAGAUGUACUGCGGGCCAGUGACAGGGAUGGAGAGGGAAAGAAGCUAUGGCAUUGAAGGAAGGGGGCUGAAGCGCCGUGAGAGGAGUCAACAGAGGGUGCUGUACCUCGCGCGCUUGCAGGAACCAUAGUCAUCCAAUUACUGUUACUGUUAUAAUUGUUAUUACACUACUACUCCUCCUGCUGCUGCUGUUGCUGCUGCUACUUCUCCCACAUCUCUCCCUCAUGAACCGGCAUUGGGGAAUGAGCCUUGACUCUACCUCUCUCUGGGUCUGGAUUUAUACUCCCACCCACACAGUAACGCCAGCACCGCUUCCACUAUCACUGUAGCAACUCGCGCACUCUCUCUUGACUAAAAGGCUGCUCUGUACUAAGCUCACUCACGGCCCGGCGUGACGUUACUGCAGCUUCACAACCCCUCUCGCGGCUCCAACUAAUGUUCUUUGUGUUCUUUGCCGAAGGAGGAGUGUUCUGUUUCUCUUUCACCGCAGUGUGGCUGACGUAUGUUUGCCAUAGCCGAUGAGUACAAGUGGCAGGCGGUGAGAGAGAGAGAGAGAGAGAGAGGUUUUAAAGUUCUUUUUUGUUUCUUACGGUGUCUUCUUCUUUCCCCUUUUAUAUUUUGGAGUGAAGUUCCUUUUUCAGCGAGCUUGGCAUCCACGCAUGCAUGAGCUGGGGGUGUGGUUUGCGAUUACCUUGCAGGGUUGAACUUGUUGCAAAUCCGAUUAUUGGGGGAUUGUCUUGGUUCUUGGUCGUUGGGCUGGACUGCUGGCGCCGAAAGCCUACUAGAGUACAAUCACAGUAGACGUAGAAAUUGAUCCUGACCUACUAGGCGUCUUCUACAUGUAAUACUUCAACAUCGACAUAGUUUCAGAGUCACCAGCCUCCUCUUGAAGGUUACCGAGUCUCAAGCCUCCUCCCUCCCGCCUCCCUUCCCCUGCAGGCCCAUGAGCUUACCUGUACGUGCCCAUUCAUGGAAGUCUCAUGGUCACCACCAGUUCUGACUCCGCCUGGAAACAUUCUUGUUUCGAGCUGCUGACCAUGGGGUAGCGAGGAGCAGUGAUGUUCCGCUCAAGUGAUGGUCUCUUGCUUCCGACCUGUCUUAUUCUCUUGAUUUCUCCCGUCUUCUGCUAGUUCUCUUUCCAGCAUAUGGAGUUCUCUAACUUAACAAGUAUGUAGUUGGACCUCCGCGCAACAAUUGGCUUGCUCAUCUGGAGCGAGAUGGGAAUCUGGUAAUGGUUUGAAUUCAUCUAUGAGUAUGUGGGGGUAAAAAUUCCGCAAGAAUGCUGCAAUACAAGACUCGGGUUUGGACAAACCACAUUGAAGACGGCCCAGUCUCUAGUUAAGUUUCUGUAAAUGGAGUGUCUGAAAUUCUAGAAGCGCAUCGAGUCAAGUAUUUGAGCUCUCUUCCCUCUCACUCCCUUUUCCUCACACACACUCACACACACAUGCAAGGAUUGAGGCUAUGCUGGAAGAAAUGGGUGCGCAGCCAGCAUUAGGGGGUGUGAAGAUGGAGCCGACGGCAGCGAAUAAGGGCAUGACCAUGUCUGUAGACCACAGCUCAACUACAGUGAGCGACGGCGGGAGCCCGCAGCAGGUGAAUGAGACCAAAAGUAACAGUGUCUACGUCAGUCAGUUGAAAGCAUGCAUUCUACAGAAAAGGUACAAGGCAGAACCAAUCGACACAGCUAUCCCAGAGCUGGAAGAUCCAGAGAGCCCCUCCGGCGCUCAAUGGAGCCAUGAUCAGGGCGUCACAGUCGACAAUCCAGUUCAGGAGGGGGCUGUGAUUAAACAGCCAAACGCUGCGCCAUUCUCUAAUUGGCCUCUUUCGAACAGAGACUCUAAUGUUGAAGUGGAGGCAACCAAGAAUGUGCGCAUUGAGUGCCGCCAGUUCUGGAAAGCUGGAGACUACGAAGGAGUCCCUGCCAAUACUCCGCAACCACCAGGUGGGAUUGAUCACGUACGGGUUCACCCGAAGUUUCUGCACUCAAACGCAACCAGUCACAAAUGGGCUCUAGGAGCUGUCGCUGAAAUCCUAGACAAUUCAAUGGACGAGGUGAAAAAUGGAGCGACUUUUGUGAAUGUGGACAUGGUCCGAAACCCACGUGAUGGAUCGCCAAUGCUAUACAUUGAAGACAAUGGUGGUGGAAUGACUCCCGAACGCAUGAGGGAAUGUAUGUCCUUGGGAUUCUCCACUAAGAGCAAAAGCGGGAACACAAUUGGCCAAUAUGGGAAUGGAUUCAAGACGAGCACCAUGCGACUAGGAGCGGACGUCAUUGUGUUUUCGCGCUCACCGGCUGAUGUCGGACGAAGAGCCACUCAGAGCAUCGGCUUACUAUCCUUCACGUUUUUAAGAAGUACGGGACAUGAUGAUAUUGUUGUGCCCAUGGUAGAUUAUGAGCUAAAGGAUGGAAUGAUCUGCCCUCUGAUCAGGAGCACAGCAAACGAUUGGGUCCAUAAUUUGCAGACUAUUCAGCAGUGGUCCCCGUAUUGCACUGAACAUGAUCUUUUCACCCAGUUUUUCGGUAUGACCGAGAAAGGAACAAAGGUCAUUAUUUACAACCUGUGGGAGGAUGAACAUGGCCGAGUUGAGCUUGACUUCGAAUCUGACAGCCACGACAUUCAGGUGAGAAAUGAGGAUUUGGACGAGAGAAAAAUUGCCAUGGCUCAGCGUUAUACUCACUCAAGGCAUUACCUAACCUACCAGCAUUCCUUGCGGAGUUACGCGUCCAUCUUGUACUACCGAUAUCCGCCAGGCUUCCGAAUCAUCCUUCGAGGUCAAGACGUUCGACACCAUGAUUUGGCUGAAGACUUGAUGUAUACGCAGGAGCUCAGUUACAAGCCUCAGGGAUUCGAAAGUUCGAGAGACGUCAAGAUGGUUGCAAGAGUGGUCAUGGGUUUCGUAAAAGAUGCCAAGGAGCAUGUGGAUGUGCAGGGCUUCAGCGUUUAUCAUAAAAACCGUCUAAUCAAGCCAUUUUGGAGAGUCUGGAACACUGCUGGAAGUGAUGGGCGAGGCAUUGUUGGUGUGCUGGAGGCUAAUUUUGUGGAGCCUGCUCAUGACAAGCAGUCAUUUGAGCGCACUGCUGUAUUAUCUCGUCUGGAAUUGCGUUUAUUGCAGAUGCAAAAAUUAUACUGGGCUAACAACUGUCAUCUUGUUGGCUAUGUCAACAAGAAGUUGAACCGGAGAAACAGUAGACAAGCUGCUGCUGAAGCAGACUUGAAUGCCUGUGGUUUCCAAGUCGAAGGCAACCCCUUUGACAAACUUGAUCCUCUAAUAGAAGGAGCACGUUUAAACAUACCAGGAUUUCCGGUUAACAUGCCAGUUCACAUGCCAAGGUUGGAUAUUUCUAGCCCUCCGAUUGACAUGGGUUUCCACCUUGUCUACCGCAACCGCUCAACGUCAAAGAGAGGUCCCCCAGGUCUAGAUUUAAGCUACGAAAUAGACCGGAGUGGGUCUGGCACGCCUGAAGUUUCCACGCCUAAGAACUUCAUGUGGCAAGGAUCAGGGCCUGAUGCGAGAGAAUCUCCUGAAGUCGGAAAGAGUAAAGAGGACCUUGCAAACGGAUUUGAUACACUACAGAUGGUAAUGAGAGGAGCGGCGGAUCCAGUUACGCUAAAUGGAAUGCUCACCAGUAUGAACGGUCAAGGUCAACCAUUUGAUAACGAGAUCACCAGGGAGCUUGAAGAGAAUAAGCACCUCCGUGACAGGCUCCGUAAGCUGGAGCAGGCAGAUGAGAAAAGCUUGCAUUUUGAGAUCGAUAGGAAUCGCAAACUCGAAGCGCUGCUCCUUGAUAUGGAACAACAAGAAGCAGUUGACCGACGUUGCUUAGAACAAUGCACCCGUGAACGAGACAACCUUCAAGCUGCCAUUGCGGAAGAGAGACGCUUGCACGAGCAUGAUGAUGAAGACAUGCGGAAAAACUUGAAGGUCGCACUAUUGCGUGCUCGAGAACUUGAAGCUGAAAACAAUCGCUUGCGGCUGCUGCAUAAUUGAACAGAUCAAGCUCUGAUGAACAAUGUCCUGCAUUCCUGUAUAAUAUCGUACUUUCAACACAGUACCUAGAAUUGAGCAGGAUGAAACCCAUUUCGGAGCUGUCGAUUUUGGACGAGACUGUACGAAUUCCAGGUGACAACUCAAAAUGUACUUUGAUCUACUGAAACUGAUCAACGACAUAAAUACACUUCAAUACCGUAGCACUGGCCUUCACGCCGCCGUUGAUUCUGACACUGAUGGGGGUGUCACGGCCACGAGGUGUGAACUGUUUACAUGUUCGACAGUGCUUGAAGAAGAGCUCUGUACCACUACCGCUCUUACUGUUGUUGGAAAUGUUUCCAUGGCAGCUUCUUUUACUGCGAUCGUAGGUACUGUUCAGUGGUCAUCACAUCUUCGAUCCUCGUUGGUACUGUCAAGACGAACAUUGUGUGACUAUAUGACGAUAUCAAUACUUUGCCAGAUUCCUGCUAAAUCUGACAUGGUGGAUUCUUCUCAGGACCAUACAAACUAAGGACACUGACAUAAUGUGUUGAUUGAAUAGUUCAUGGACGUGGCCAGUCUGAAUCUCCUGACUACAAGCUACAUAGCAACGCAUUGAAGCGUUUUGUCAGGAUUAUAAUCGAUGAAUCCAGAUUAAAUUGAAAUAUGCAUUAUAGGAGUAGCUACCAACACUAGUGGGCCCACGUUUAACUACCAGCGUAGGUUUGGGUAUCUCACCUGUAUACAGAAAAAAACUGUACAGUGAAGGGAAAAACAGACGCUUCACAGAAGAAAAAUCGUAAAUCAGAGCCUGAAUGAAAGAGGGCUGAAGAUGAGCUA